GGCGAGAGCAAAAGCGGCGGGGAAGAAGAAAAUUAGAAACUCCCGUUGCAAACUGCCUUACGUCAACGUGAAAGGGUGAAGGCGGCUGAGGCGGUCGGAGGAGGGUGUCGCGGUGGCCAUCCAGGAAAUCAGGACUUUGGAGAGGGAUCCGAACCCUGACCGGGGAGGUGGUAAUCAUUAAUUCUCAAAAGGCGGCAAGAGAUUAAACCAAACCCGAUCCUCCUCCUCCCUAUCGCAACCGGGCAAAAGAAAAUACCAGGCAGCGGAUCGGAGGUGGCGUUCAUUUUUUUUAAAAAAAAGAUACAUUGGUUGGGGAGGGGGAAUCAGCAAUUGAAAGAGUUAAUACCAAAGCAUAACCAAUUGCAAGGGAGCGAUCUGACUGCACUAAUCGAGGAUAUCAACAGAUGAUGGGAGACGCGAGUUCUGGACUGAUCGAUAACCGGGUGACCGCGGUGUUAGUUGUAGACGGUGAUCGCCCAGAGGUAAUCGAUAAAUCAGAGGUUGGAAUUACGGGCCCGGAGGAGCUGAUCGGAAAUUCGAGCAGGGUAACCAGAAACAGGACACCGCACUCCGAGGCUCCGAGCCAUAAACUAAUUGUAAGACUAGCGACAUCCGUAAUCAAUCAUUCGAAGGAUCGAUGCCAAAGCACACUUGUGCAAGGUCCGAUUGGGACCUUUCACUCAAGAGGAAUCGAUGAGCAGGGAUCGACUCAGCGCCCGGAUUCAGUCCGUACUCAGGGUAUCGGAAUUGCCAAAGAAAACGGGAGUACGGACAGUGCAAUCAAUAACCAAAGGGAAAUAAAGCAAGGGCCUUGUUUGAGAGGAGUAAUCAAUAACCAGGUGAUUGGGAUCCCAAGAGAUGGUGGGAUGGAUGCACCGAUCACGGAACCGAAAUCGGGAGAAUUCAAAAAAACAAUCGGAUUUGGCAGUGCGGGAAGAAACUUUAAUAUGUUUGGAUGCUUUGGGGGAUUGUGGACAUUUGUGCUGUUUCAUAUCCACGUGCUACGGACCCUUGCGCAAGAGGAUGUUCCACCAUAUUUUAAGACAGAGCCAGGGCCACCACAAGUUCAUCUGGAGGGAAAUCGUCUGGUCUUAACUUGCCUAGCUGAGGGAAGUUGGCCACUUGAGUUUAAGUGGUUCCGAAAUGAUACAGCUAUCACUGAGUUUUCAAGGGAAUACAGGUAUGUAAUUCCAUCGCUCCAACGCUCAGACACUGGGUUUUACCAGUGUGUUGUCCGGAACAGACGGGGAGCACUUUUGCAGAGAAAGACACAAGUGCAUGUAGCAUACAUGGGGAACUUUGAAGGAGGUGAUCGACGUAUUACAAUAACACAGGGUCAGGCAGCAGUGCUAAAAUCUCCGAAUCUCAGCAGUUACCCACAACCGCAAAUGACGUGGUUUCGCGAUGGCCAGAAGAUUAUCCCCAGCAAUAGAAUUGCGAUAACACUUGACAAUCAUCUAGUCCUGCUUUCGGUGGCUGCGGCAGAUGCUGGAAAAUAUUAUGUACAAGCAGUUAAUGAAAAGAAUGGGGAAAACAAGACGAGUCCAUUUAUCUUCCUGACUAUUUCAAAUACUGCAGAUCGAGCUGACCCUGUGGCACCAAAGAUUAUUGUCACUCCAAAAAACACCAGUAUAGUGGCUGGAACAAGUGAGGUCACUCUUGAAUGUGUUGCAAAUGCAAGGCCUGUGGAUAGACUGGGUAUUACCUGGAAACGAAAUGGUGUGAAACUGAAAAGUGGAAUCAGUGUUUUUGGAAGGCGAUUGAUGAUCUUAAAUCCAACAUCAGCCGACGUUGGAAAGUAUGAGUGUGAGGCCACAUUGCAGAGCAGCAGUGUUCUUCCUGUUCGUGCACAUGCCUACGUGUCAAUUAUAGAACCACCAUAUUUUACUGAAGAGCCCAACAGGAGGAUCCAGGGUGAAGUAGAAAAAACUGUUGAUAUCCCAUGUAGGGCUAUGGGUAUACCCCUACCCAGUCUAGAGUGGUACAAAGAUUCAGUCCCAGUAAUCAUGUUGAACAAUAGCAGAUAUAAGGAGAUGGUAAGCGGGACCUUGCAGAUCCGGGGGCUGGUCCCUGAAGAUUCAGGAAUAUUCCAAUGCUUUGCUACAAAUGAAGCAGGAGAUAUUCAAGCACCUUCCUAUCUCACUGUUACCAACAUUGCACCUUUCUUCAUCAGAGCCCCAUCAGACACUGCCGUAACAGAUGGAGCAGCUGUCGUUUUACACUGUGAAGCUUCAGGAGCACCAAAGCCUGGCAUUACAUGGACGAAAGGUGAUAAGGUUUUAGCCAGUGGUUCAGUACAAAUUCCACGGUUUGUACUUCAGGAAUCAGGUGGGCUGCUGAUAAAACCAGCCCAUGUAGAAGAUGCAGCAACUUACACCUGCUAUGCAAUGAAUUCCAAGGGAGCAGUAAAUGCAUCAGCCAAUCUCACGGUGUGGACUCGUACCUUCAUUUCAGUCCCACCUGAGGACCGCAGCGUAAUCAAAGGAACAACAGCUGUACUGAUGUGUGGAGCAACCCAUGACCCCAGAGUCACAAUCCAAUAUGUCUGGAAAAAGGAUGGUAAAAUUAUUGAUGCAAAUGCUGUACCCAGAAUUACUACAGGACAAAAUGGCUCACUUCAUAUUAGCCAAACUUGGUCAGGUGAUAUUGGUGACUACACCUGUGAGGUUUUGUCCAUGGGAGGUAAUGACUUCAGAAAUGCCCGCUUGGAAGUCAUUGAACUUCCUCAUCCACCCAGGAAUCUGCAUGCAACAUUGAAUGCUUCAAAAAGCCGGGCAGUAGAUUUAUCAUGGACUCGGCCUUUUGAUGGAAAUAGCCCCAUUCUGCACUAUGUUGUGGAGUUGUCUGAAAACAAUUCUCCAUGGAAGGUACAGUUAUCUAAUAUUAACCCUGAAGUGGUGCAUGUUACUGUGAAUGGAUUGACAUCAGCUCGCUCUUACCAGUUCCGAAUGUGCGCAGUGAAUCAACUGGGGAAAGGACAGUAUAGCACAGAAACCAACAGGCUGCUGUUACCAGAAGAACCACCUAGUGCCCCUCCACAGAAUAUUAUGGCCAGUGGUCGAACAAAUCAAUCUAUAAUGGUGCAGUGGCAACCUCCUCCGGAGCAAGAGAUCAAUGGGGUCCUCAAAGGUUACAUUCUCAGAUAUCGACUUGCGGGUCUUCCAGGUGGAUACCAGUUUAAGAAUAUCACGAGUCCUGAGGUGACCUACUGUCUACUUAAAGACCUCAUAAUUUGGACCCAAUAUGAAAUUCAAGUUGCAGCAUACAACAGUGCCGGUCUUGGUGCACACAGCAGGGCAGUAACAGAGUACACGUUGCAGGGAGUCCCAACAGCACCCCCACAGAACGUAGAAGUGGAAGCUGUGAACUCCACUACUGUCAGGUUCAUGUGGGAUCCUCCUCCUCAGCAGUUCAUAAAUGGCAUCAACCAAGGCUACAAGCUCCUAACUUGGAUUGCGGAGCCACCAAGCACAGUUGCAAUGAUGACAAUUGCCCCUGAUUUCCAUGGAACACGCCAUGAAGCCCUACUUACAGGUCUCAGGAAAUUCACAAAAUACUACACAUCUGUAUUGUGUUUUACAACACCAGGCGAUGGUCCCAAGAGUCCGCCCAAGAUGAUUCGGACCCAUGAAGAUAGACCAGGACCUGUAGGGCACUUGAGAUUUGCUGAAAUCCUUGAUACCUCUUUGAAAGUCAGCUGGCAAGAACCACAGGAGAAAAAUGGGAUCCUCACAGGUUACCAGAUUUCUUGGGAGGUGUUUAAUAGAAAUGAUAGUCGUGUGAGCCGCAAAUUGUCAAGCACAACACUAGAAUACAAGAUAACAGGACUGACUUCCCUUACUACCUACACCAUUGAGGUAGCAGCCAUGACAGCAGCUGGAAGUGGAACAGUAAUGUUAUCCACCAUCUCAUCUGGAGUACCACCAGAGCUCCCGGGUGCGCCAUCUAAUCUUGUGAUCUCGAAUAUCAGUCCUCGAUCAGCCAUGUUGCAGUUCCAGCCAGGGUUUGAUGGAAAAACAUCAAUCUCAAAAUGGAUAGUGGAAGGACAGAUUGGAGUGAUGGGAGAGGAUGAAGAGUGGGUUUUACUCUAUGAAGUGGAGAAUGAACCAGAUGCCCAGGUGUUAGAAAUCCCAAACUUGAUUCCUUAUACAUACUACAGGUUUCGAAUAAAGCAGAUGAACGUUGUGGGCUCCAGUCCUGUAAGUUGGCCAUCCCGUGUAAUUCAGACAUUGCAAGCUCCACCUGAUAUAGCACCAGCUAGCAUCACAGUGCGAACUGCAAGUGAGACAAGCCUAUGGGUCCGUUGGGUGCCUCUUCCGGAGUCUGAGUAUAAUGGUAACCCUGAAUCAGUUGGAUAUAGAAUUAAGUAUUGGAGAGUGGAUGGUCAGGGCAUGCCUGUGACUCAGAUUAUUAAUGAUCGUCUGGAGAGGGAAAUCACCAUCGAGAACCUGGAGGAAUGGACCAACUAUAUGUUUCAGAUCCAGGCUUUUAAUGCCAUUGGAUCGGGACCUUGGAGCAGUCAAGUCCAAGGAUGCACAAGAGAGUCAGUUCCAUCAGCUGCUCCAGGAAAUAUUACAGCAGAGGCUGUGAGUCCUACACAGAUCCUGGUCAUGUGGGGACCCGUUCCAGAAUCUGACCAAAAUGGACUUAUCCUAGGAUACAAGAUCCUGUACCAAGAGAAGGAUUCUGAAUCAGAUACUCAAACACAUCUAGUGAAAGGAAACUUUACGCACUCUGUUGUCUUGAAUGGUCUGAGGAAAUACAGUCAAUACAAGAUUCAAGUUUUGGCAUUUACCAGGAUUGGGGAUGGAGUACCAUGUUUCCCGGUUCUAAUGGAGAGGACAAAAGAUGAUGUUCCAGGUCCUCCCAUUAAGUUGAUAUUCCCAGAGGUCCAGUUAACUUCAGUGAGAGUAGUCUGGCAGACACCAGAGAACCCCAAUGGCAUCAUUCUAGGUUACAGAAUAGCUUACCGUCUAGCAACCACUGAACCAAACAAAUUCACCACCAUAGAAGUCAGUUCUAAUGCCCGACACUACUCGGCAACAAAUCUGAUACCUGAAUCACCAUACCUGUUCCGUGUAUCUGCGAAGACACGUCAGGGCUGGGGGGAGCCAGUGGAGGCUGUGGUGAUCACUACACAAACCAGAGGUCACCCACAGCCAGUUACCAACCUGACAAUACCUCAGUCUGAGAUUCGCGGUCGCAGUCUGCUCUUGCAGUGGAAACCUGGAAAUGAUGGUUCAUCACCAGUCCGCUACUUUACAGUGCAAACUAAAGAAUACCCUAGCUUGGAAUGGCAAACACACACCUCUUCAAUCAACCAUGAUGCUACAUCAUACGUGAUAGAACGUUUGAAGCCAUACACUACCUAUCAACUACGAAUGAUGGCAACUAAUGAUAUUGGAGAUAGUGCUUUUAGUGAGGAGACAGAGCCAGUGACAACACUGCAAGAUUUGCCCAGUGAACCACCAAUUAUUCUGUCUGUGAUUCCACGCACCACUACCUCAGUCCUUGUUCAGUGGCAGCGACCAAAAGAAAGAAGUUUAAAUGGCAUACUGAUGGGAUUCCGCAUUUACUACAGAGAACUAACAUAUGAGAAUGUACCAGGAUUCAACACACAACACAUUGGGGACCCUUCUGCUCUGCAGACAGAGCUAACACCUGAUAGUAGCUUCAAGACAGUCAGCAGCUCCACUGUAACCGAAUUUGAGCUAACACAACUGAAGAAAUACACAAAAUAUGAAAUCUUAAUGAAAGCAUUUAAUGUGGUGGGUGAGAGUCCUGCCAGCAGUCCUAAAGAGGUCUAUGUGGGAGAAGCAGUUCCUACAAGAUGUCCACAAGAUGUAAGGAUAAGACCUCUCACAGCAACCCAACUCGAAGUUGCAUGGGAUCCACCCCCAGCUGAGGCACAGAAUGGGAAAAUACAAGGUUACAAGAUCCAUUACUGGGAGCUACAGAACCGGAAUGAUACACAGAAGGUGAGGAUCCUCUUCCUCCCAGAGAACACCAUCCGACUGAAAAACCUGACAAGCUACACCAUGUACGUGGUUAGUGUGUCAGCAUUCAAUGCUGCUGGGGAUGGACCGAGGAGCGAACCUGUUGAAGGAAGGACACAACAGGCUGCUCCAAGUGCUCCCAGUUUCAUUACAUUUACAGAAGUUACUACCACUACAUUGAAAGUGUUGUGGGGAGAACCAGCUAUGCCCAAUGGAGUUCUCAAGGGAUACAGACUGGUCUAUGAGCCACUGGAAUCUGUACAAGGUGUGAGUAAAGUGGUGACAGUUGAUCUUCGAGGCAACAAUCAACGUUGGCUGAAGGUUCGGGAUUUGUUUAAAGGAGUUCCCUACUGCUUCCAUGUCCAAGCCAAAACCUAUACCUUUGGCCCUGAGAUUAAGGCUAACAUUACACCUGGUCCAGAAGAAGGUUCCCCAGGUCCCCCUCUAGACCCCUCCAUUAGUGAAUCUGCAUCUACUGUCACAAUUCAUUGGGCACCAGGUAUGCCUGGAGCUGGACCAAUAAAGGGUUAUGUGAUCGAGGCAAGACCCUCAGAUGAAGGAUUAUGGGAUACAUUUGAGAAAGACAUCCCAAGUGAUGCAACAUCACAUGUGGUUAACCGGGAUAAGCUAAAACAAGGAGUGAGCUAUGAAUUUCGGAUCAUUGCAGUCAAUCGGUUUGGAUAUGGUGAACCAAGUAUGCCAUCCAUUGUGAGAUCAGCUCAGGUGGGAAAUCCUCCAUUUUAUGAAGAGUGGUGGUUCCUGAUAGUGAUGGCCCUCUGCAGCCUCAUUCUCAUUCUACUCAUGGUGUUUGGGCUGAUCCUACAUGGACAGAACAAGAAGUACAAGAACAGCAAUGGUAAAAGUUGUUCGAACGUGGAAGAAACUCUCACCUUAGAUAAUGGAGGGUUUACUGCCCUGGAGCUGAACAGCAGAAACUUGACCAUCAAGAGCAAUUUCUGUAAGAAAAAUGGCACCAGGUUUCCACCAAGGCCCAGCCCAGGAGGGUUACGCUAUUCUGAUGAGGAUUUAUGUAAUAACUACAAUGGAAUAUUACUGACAGAAAGCACCACUUUAACAGAAAAGCCCACUGAAAUAUCAGAGUCAGAGGCAACUGACAGUGAUUAUGAAGGUGAAUUACCAAAAAGCACACACUCAUUUGUGAACCACUAUAUGAGUGAUCCCACCUACUACAACUCAUGGAAGAGGCAGCCAAAGGGGCUUCCUAGAGCUUCAGCUUACACUUACGAAGAAUGCACAGAUGGUGAGCAGGAGCCAUACUAUCCAACAGUGAUCACAACACAGAGUUCAGGUGGUGCCUACAUGCCCACGGGUCAGCCUGCUUCUGGGUCAAGGACUCCUGUGACUGGAUUUUCUUCCUUUGUGUGAUGUUCCAUUUUGAACAGCAUAAGGCAAUUCCUUCACUAAUGGACCAUGGUGCCAGAUGAAAUGACUCAUAAUUACAGUUGAGGAAGCUGUCUAAUGGAAAUUGUCAUCUCCAAAGCUGCCUAAAAAGUGCCUUUUACAUGUUGGUAAUUUCAUUAUACCGAUAUAGCAGUGGUGUAGUGGUGUUUAGUAAAAUUGGUGUCCCAUUCAUUUGAAUGUGACAUUCACUAGCUUCUUUUGAUACUUUUUUGUUUAUAAAAAUAUGCCCCUGCUUCAUCUGCCCCAUCUUGGAAGCGUUAAAGUUUAUCACAAAACAUUUUUUUUUAAAGCUUGGUGUGAAACCAGCCCAGACAAACUAAAGUAAGGCUUCUUCUGUUAGACAGCCAAAAAAAAGCACAGCAUAAAGCUGGCCUAAAAUCUACAGAGAGGCAGAGAUUGAGCAGAGUCACUUCCUGCUGAGGUAAAUUGCAGGAGUUGCUGAUGUCACCACUGCAUGAAAGGGCAUGUUUCAGGCAGCUUUUAUCAUUGUCUUAUAAUUUCAUCACAGCUUCAGUACUGGGUACCUUAACUGUGAAAAAAUUCAAACCUACAGUAACAUCACCACCAACUGAAAAAAGGCAAAGAUCUUUAUUUUUUAACUUAUAAAAACAGCUUCUGAAUACGAUGCCUUAUUCUUUAGAAAAUGUAAGUAGAAAUGAAGAAAUUUGCUGGCCAAGAUUAUAUAUAAAGCAUAAAAAAUGGAAGGAAUAGGAAAAAACAUAAAAUUAUCGCUCAUUAACCCAGUUUUAUUUCUGGGCAGUUUGAGAGGUCACAAGCUCUUAAAGUGAGUUUCCUUCAGAAUUGCACUUAGUUCAGCUCAGUUUAUAUUCUCAGGAUAAUAGGAGUGUAAUGACUUUUAAGUGUUGCCCAUCCAUCCAUCCAUCUAUCUGUGUGCCUGUCAACAUUAACCUCCUUUUUGUCUUUCUUAUUAUCUGAUUUUUUUCAGCCUUCAUAAAUGUGCUUUCAUCAUAGCUAUCUGUGUGUCACAGCUGUACACUGGGAUUUAAAGGCAUAGUGGUUAAGUUUCUGGACUAGCAGCCAGAGUUUUGGACCAUUGAUCCAAAGGCAUGAGUUUUACUCCCACAAUGGCAGAUGGAGAAUUUAAGUUCAAGUAAUUAGAUAAAUCUAAAACUUAAAAAAAAAUCUCACUAAUGGUAAGCAUGAAACUACUGGAUUGUCCUAAAAAAGAGAAAAUCUACUGUCACGGGAAAUCUACUGUCCCUGCCUAUUCUAACAUUCAUGUGACAUCAGGUACACAAAGAAAUUGACUCUUAGCUGUCUCCUUAAUUCAAGCACAAUUAAAGAUGGACAGGAAGCAAUAAAAAGCAUCAUAAAAUGGAAAGAACAAAAAAAUAGAUCAAUCCCAUGAACAAAUGUAAAGAAGCACUAGUUUCAUCACCUCAGUGGCUUUUAAAACUAAAACUCUCUUUUCAAGCCACUCACUUAUAUCAAGGUUUAUACUAUUUGGUUCUGUGGAAUCACUGGUUUGAGGACUGUUUCUCCAACAUCAGUGAGUAUUGGAUCUCCUGGAAUAGAUGGUCCAUUUUGAUGAUCCAACAUUUGCCAAACAGUUGUAUAUGAAGCCAAACUAUGAUUGUGGAAAAUAGCUCUACACAAGAGGAGUAUAUGCCAGAAAUCCCUGAAUACCCUGAAAUCAUACUUCCACUCAAGAUAGAUUUGGAACAACUGCAGAAAAGACAGUGACCCAGAGUACUCUUAUUUAAGAAGCAAAGAGAGUAGCAGAAAUAGCUACAAAAGAGGAAUGUUGACAAAAGAAAAGAAAUGGAAAAUGGAUUGCCACAUUUGAAUUUUGUGUACCAAUGCCAGCUGACACUCCACUCACUUGUCUUUGAACGAAUAAAAUCUGAAAAUGCUGGAAACGCCCAGCACAUCAGACAGCGCCAGUGGAAAGAGAAAUUAUUAACAUUUCAGGCCUGGGGUCAUUUGCCAAAACCUUGUCCUUUGGCAAUAAAUGAAAAUCAAAAAACUGCAGUAGCUGUAAUUUUAAAAUCUGAUGAAAGGUCCCAGACCUGAAAUGUUAACUGUUUCUCUUCCGACACCCACAGAAGCUGCCUGACCUGCUGAGUAUUUCCAGCAUUUUCUGUUUUUAUGUCCUUGAACAAAUUUGUUGAGUCAGAUCUUCCAAUGCCUAGCCAACAAUUACCAGCUUUUCUAUUCGGGAGAAGGGUAGAUUUCCUGCUUUUGUCCUCUCCCUGUCACUUGCCAAUGUCAUUUUUGAAAAGCAGCAAGGUACACAGGUGUCUUGGUCUGCCAAUAUAUGCUACAUUGUUCUGACAAUUACUGAGUUGAAUAUCAGCGACAGACUCAGAUGUAACAAGGACUGAGGGCAGGCUGCCCCUUUCUCUUACUGUUAUUAAUGUGUACUUGGCAAUAUACCAUUCUGACUGUGGGACCUCAGUCACAUUACGCCCAUGGCAUUCCUAUCAGCAAUGCUGUGAAUCUGGCUAGUGGUAAAGGCUAUGUUCUGUUGAUCCUUUCCACAGCUACUUUUAAUGUGCUGGUCAAAACCUUGCGGAGUUGAGCUCUGUAACUUUAGGUGAUAUUGCCUGAAAGCCAAACAGGUUGUCUUUCUAAUUGUCAGGAGUGGAGAGCAGACCUUGGUCUGUGUCCCUUAUUACAGUCCCAAAAAAAAAUCAGAAUAGACAGGGGAAUAUUCCAAGUGCAUUCUAAAAAAUAGGAAUAGCUAGAGGUCCCAAAAGAAUGGGGGAAAUAUCUCUGCCUCAGUAAUACUUGGAAUCCUCUUCCUGCCCUGAUCCUGAAGCCCAAUUUUCUGUCCAUCAGUACUCAGAGGCCUAUAAUCAUCAUGCAAUGAUUGCAGUACCUUUUCUUUCACAGAGAGUUGUUAUUCGUGAAAUUGCUAAUACUGUACCACCAGCAAUUUUGUGUGCAUUAAAUUUAACUAUAGGUUUUAAUGCUUGAGGGAUCUGCAGUCAGUUCGGGGAAACCACCUCUUAGUUUGCUUUGAUUUUCCACACAAUGAUGAAUUAACACGGAUCACUAUUGCUGCCUACUUAUUCAGAAUUUGAAUAAGUUAGAUUAAAACUGAAUUAAUUCAAAUUAUUUCUUUUACCAUUUAUUUGUUGUCUGGCCCAGGAAUCCUUUGAUGUUAACAUAUCGAAUGAGAGAAAAAUACACAUCCAUUUUCUGAGGGUGUUUUCAAUUUUUUCAAAGUUUUCUAUGUAAUUCUACAUAUUUAGUACCCAGAAUUUUUGAAAUACACUGGACAUAUUCUUGAAUUAUUUGAAGGAUUUACAUUUGGGAACCACUUGCAAUGUGGGAUUCCCUGGAUGAUUUUGUGUUGGUGCUAUUUCUCCAGAGUGUUGAGGUGCCAGCUGAAAGUCUUUGGAGCUUACAGGAGGGUAGAGAUCACUGAUGCCUGUAGACUGUAUGUUUUUGCAUUGGGUUUAAGAUUCGGUUCUUGAAGUAACAAAUUGCAACAUUGACAGAAAAUGAGCCAACGCAGGGCUUCACCAACUGCCAAUACCAUUUAAGGAGCCUCAAUGGUUAGCUUAGAGCUGGCCUCCCAAUAGAAGUUUUGAGGCAGGGACCACAUUAGAAGAAACUAGUGGAACAAGGAUAGCUGAAGUUGUUCACUGCGCAUCCAAAGAUCUGGCUACAUCAGACAAAGACCAAGUUCCCUGAAAUGGGGAUCUAUUAAUAUUUCAUUAAAUAAGUAGUAAUAUCUUCUGUAGACUGUAUUACUGUAAAAUGCAUCUUUUUUUUUGUUUCAUUUAUUGUUAAAUUAUAAUUAAACAUGUUUAACGUAUGCCGAGCUGAAUUUACAAAUCCUAGAUUGUCACCUCAGCAAUUAAAUAAUGUGCUAAUAUGACCUUGAACCUCAGAAUUAACUUCUUGGCUUCAGAUUCUGACUUUCUAACCAAGGUGAAUGAGCUAAGUUGUCCCAUGUCUUUGAUUAUACACCAUAAGAAAGGAAAGCACCUAAAAUAUCAAAUUCACUAAGUUAGCCGUAUUGUUAAAUUGUAGAACUAUUUAGUAAAAUUAGCUAUGGAGACUAUUUUCCUGGCGAUGAGAUAGGGCACUUUUAAUGAAGGAAAAGCUUAAUGACAUUUGGAAAGAAUGUUAGCUUAAGUCCACAAUCGUCAUUAAGCUCAACACAUUUGAACUUGAAUUUGUAGGUAACCACUAGAAUGUGUUAUUGUGUAUUAUAUUAUUUAAAUGAAUCUAGCAAAUUUUAAUGUAUUUUGAGCUUUGUUAGGAGCACUUUUAGUUGAUCAGUUGGCCUUAGAGUACUUUGUCCAACCCAAUUCAUUGUAAUACCAGAUGGAAGAUAAACAUAGUGUCACUAAAGUGCAUUUACAUCACUAUUAAUAAUUACACAUACAUAAUAUUAAUAGCAAACGAUAUUUAUUAUAUCAUUGCUUUUUCAUAUAUUUUUUACAUUUUAUUAUGUUAAAUGAUUUUUCAAUCCACUUUAUGAUUUACAGUACCUUUUCAACUAACAAUGCUGGUUCUUUACACUUCAAAUUUAUUUGUUCAAUUUAAGCAAAAAUAAGAAAAUCAACUUAUUUAAAAAUUUAUUUCCCAAACUCUUGUUAUUUCUACGUAAGUUUGUGAGUGUUACCUGCUCUUUUAGCUGAGGGAUCAAGUGGACAUUCUUUUUGAAGUAUAUCUCACUUUAUAGGCUUUAUUUGUAUCAGUAAGAAGCUCACUGUAUUGGUUUUGUGAACUUUCAGCUUUUCUACAAUAUACUGAGAAAGAAUACUUCUCAUUGUGAUCUGGUGUAAAUAAAAAGAGUUCCAGUGCCCUUAUAAUACUGAGGUUGCAGAAUUCCCUCAAGAUUUAAGCUGCCUGAAAAAGACUCCUUAACUUCAGCUGUCAUGCAAACUUUACAAAUGGUGGCUUGAAUAUUGCUUAACAUUUCAGAAAGAAUCAACAGCAUUUGGUGAAAACAUAUUGCCCUAUGAUGGUGCUCCUUCGCACAUUGCAAACAAUAUAUUUUCCUUUUUGAGAAAUAGAACAGUUAUUUUCAGUUGACUGGUGGAUGACUGCAGGUAUUUGAAUACAGAUUCCUUAUUUGAUGGGAGCUGUAUUUAGUAGUUGGUCCAUAAGAAAAGAUCUAUUCAGAUUACACAGCUAUGGAAGAACAUAUGAUACAUGGAGGAUGUUAUUGAUUUAGUUUAUAUUGGAACUUAGCCUCCUAUGUAGCAUUUGGAUUACGUUGAUACCAGUGUCAUCCCAGAAACACCACCCAGCACACUUUAAAUGCAUCCUCAAGCCAUAUGAAUAUAAUCAAAAUGUCUGCAUUUGCAAUUUUUACAAGAGGUUAUUCUGUACUUUGUAAGGGACAUGACUGGUACAUUUUUGGUGACAAUAUGAAUGUGUAUUUUUAAGAUACUUUUUUUGUACAGCUGAAUUUGUACCCACUUGUGAAAUCCUGAUAAAGUAUGAAAUAAGUUGAAGCAGAUGAAAGAUUGAGAUCUAUUCUCAGCAAAAUGCAGUAAAUGACACAUAUAAUGCUACGUUUCUUAGCACAUUAUUAUACCCAGUAUUGCAUUUAGCAGUUGGCUUCAGUAGCUUCUUUCUACAGUGGAACAUUCUUCAGUUUAUUUCUAAGCAAAAACAACACUGUGUAACUUCUUGUUAAAUUAAUUCUCCUGCGUUGUUUCCUGUUAAGGAAAAAAAUGUUGUAGAUUCUAUUUUUUGCCACGACAUGUACAUGGUCACCCUGUCUUUUGUAAAUAUUAUGUUGUUGAGAAACUUUAAAAUAUGCCAGACAUAUUUUGGUUAAAGGGUUUGUACCAGUCAUUAUUUUAAUGAAAUCACUGUGUAAGUUGGGUGAAAUUCUCCAAUUCUAAGCUUUAGUAAAGCUGCUCAU